AUGGAUAUUUCUGCUUUGCCCAACAAUAACCACCCAGAGAAAUUCCUCCAGCUAGACGUUGGGAUGCUGCCAGCCACACACAGGAUGUUCCAGGUUGGGGCAGUAAUGUCCAGUCAGAAACAAUGGCAGAACAGGAUUUACUCUCAGAGGGAGCCAAGGGUAACAACCAAAAGCAGUUCUGUGCCACACCCGGACUGGAGUCCUGUGGUGUUUGUGGACAGAUACUUGGAGAAGCACAUCACUCCAUCCACUCUGAAGACACGCAUCAGACAGAACCCUCUGUACAUGGAUGUAAAAUCUGAAGAGGACAAGACUCCUAAAGAUCUGGAUUUCUGGCUCGAGGAUCUUUACACACCAGGAUUUGAUUCUUUACUGAUAAGGAAAGAAGCAGAGCGCAGAAGAAGACUCUGUAAAAUUAUCUCUUCAAUCAUUGUGAUUGUUUGUGCACUUCUUCUUUUUAUUGCAGUAGCUGUGGUUCUCCACAAAAACAUCUGA